CAACUAUGUAAAAACUCCAUCUUUGCAUGCUUCACCUACUGUCGUCUCCACAGGAAAAAAGAAAACCCAAAACCCAUUACAAAAAUGGCGGAAAACCAUCACAAAAUCUUUAAUUUAAUUUCCCCCUUUUUUUCAAUCUCACUAGGCCCUAGAUCUAAAUCACGUUGAUUCUCUCAAUGAUCGGGUAUUUCGAUUCUUAAAUUUCUGUUGUUAUUGUUGUUUUUCGUUGCUCUGUUUUGUAUUCUGGCAUUGUUGUUGUGUUGUUGUGUUUGUGGGGCGAGAAAGAGAGAGAGAAACAUGAAGAGUGAUGACGAGAUAGAUGUGUUAUUAGGCGAGAUCCCUCACGCAACAUCAUCGCUUAAUCUUCAGGAAAUGCUCAUCAAUGCCACCACUCAAUAUCAUCACGGUUUUGCUCAUGCAUCGUGUGUGACUCCGAAAAUGAGUGCUGAUGAAGCCUCGAAGCGUAAGACUGCGUUUGCUUCAUCCAACUCCCCUUUGAGCGGAUUCUCCCUGCAAUCCGGCUCGGCCACGAGCUUGUUCUCGGGCGACAUUUCCCCGCCCCAAUUCGACGUCUCCGGGGGCGGAUUGUGUUUGGAUUUGAAGAGGGCGAAUGAGGGUAGCUUAGUUGAUUGCUUUAGUAGUAUGCGUAUUAAGGAUGAGUGCGGUGUUCAGUCGCGUAACUGGAGUAGCCGGAGUUUUAAUCCGAGGAAGGGAGCUGGUUUCGAGGGGGAGGAAAUGGCGAACUUGUUGGCAUCGCGGUAUUCAUCCUCUAGUCACACUGAUAGGAGGCUUGGUUGGUCUCAUUUUGGAAGGCAAAAUUGUUUGGCUAACAGUGGUUUCCCAAUGGGAUUCGUGUUGCCAAACGCGACGCCUUCUUUAGAUAGUCCGUUAGUAGGGAAUAGUUCUCCCUUCUAUCCUCGGAAGAGCCUGAUUGAAUCUAGUGAUUCUUUUUACUCUGUGUCGCCUCGUUAUAGUGAGGACAGCUUGAUUCGUUUUAACGAAAGAAACAAGGUGGUGCCUCUGCGUGUGAGGGUGCCUCGAGGGAGCGUUGAUCCCUUUGGCAGGGAGGAUAGCUUGAUCAUCCAGGGGGAAGGUCUCAAUCACGCGAUUGCAAGGAAGGGUUUCCAUCAUGAGAAUGGCGUGUGGAAGGCUCAUGAGAGGAGGUCGCAGCUGGAUGACCAUCUCCACGCUGCUGAGAGUCCGAAGAUGCACUGUCCUUUCAACCGGCCGAUGAAGUUCAGCUCCCUUGCUGAAGCACAAGGAUACAUCUAUCACAUAGCCAAGGAUCAGCAAGGUUGUCGGUUCUUGCAGAGGAUGUUUGAUGAUGGAAAUUCUCUGGAUGUGCAGAUCAUAUUCAACGAGAUAAUCGAUCACGCAGUUGAGCUGAUGAUGAACCCUUUCGGGAACUAUCUUAUGCAAAAGCUGUUGGAAGUGUGCAAUGAAGAGCAGAGAAUGCACAUACUGUUAAGGGUGACUGAGGAGCCCGGGAAGCUAGUUAGGAUCUCUUUGAAUACACACGGCACUCGUGUGGUGCAGAAGCUGAUUGAAACUCUCAAGACAAAGCAGCAAAUUGCCCUAGUUAUCUCAGCCCUUGAAUCGGGAUUUCUAGCUCUGAUCAAAGAUUUAAAUGGGAAUCACGUUAUUCAGAGGUGUUUGCAAUCCUUCCCGGCUGAAGAUAGUAAGUUCAUUUUUGUUGCGGCUGCAAAGUACUGUGUUGACAUUGCAACACAUCAGCAUGGAUGCUGUGUUCUACAACGCUGCAUCAGCCAUUCGACUGGGGAGCAUCGUGAAAAUUUAGUUGCAGAGAUUUCAGAGAAUGGACUCCUGCUCUCGGAAGAUGCAUUUGGAAAUUAUGUGGUUCAGUUCAUCUUGGAGCUAAAGAUUCCAUCUGCCACAUCCAAAUUGACAUCUCAGUUUGAGGGAAACUAUGUGCACCUUUCUUCACAAAAGUUCAGCAGCCACGUCGUUGAAAAGUGUCUUUUGGUAUGUGAGGAAGUUCGGACGAACGUCAUCCAUGAACUGCUCUCUUCUUCCUGCUUCGAUCGUUUGCUUCAGGACCCACAUGCAAACUACGUUAUCCAAACAGCUCUCCGUGUUUCUGAGGGAAACCUCCACAAUUCCUUGGUCGACGCUAUUGAAACUCACAAGUCAAUCUCACGAAACAGCCCCUACUCGAAGAGGAUUUUCUCGCAAAAGCUUUUGAAGAGGUGAAGCGACGAUGUACAAUCAUUGUUUCUGGUAGGCAUGCAUUGUUGUUGUUCUUGGCUAGCCAAUUCUCUUGGCUCUAUAAAAUGGAAAGUUUUCCUCCCUUUCCUCGGCGGUGUGGCCUUAAAACACAUUUUCUCGUUUGUGGCAAUUUUUGCGUAGCGAUCGUUAUCUUAGCAUCCAGCUCGUAAGAAGAGUUUAGAGAUGAGGAACCAUAUCUCUAGUGGCUCAUUUAAAUUUCUAUCUCCUAGCUCUGGCUGCAAUGUACUAUUUUGUUGUGCAUGUAGCUUCACAAUAACACUAUUAUUUUGGGAUUUAAAUUA